AUGAACAUGAAUGCCCAAACAUCUACAAUUCCAGGUAUUCCGGAUUUCAACCACCCAAAUUCCCUUGAUUUCACACCACAGGCUCCUGUAAUUCCUCGUGAUGAUCUGCUUAGCGAUGCACAAACAGCCUCAGAGUCAGGAACUUGGUUCUUAGAAGAUGGGUUUGACGUUAGCGCCCUCGACUUCUCAAUAACCUCUACUAUUUCCGAAUGGGCCCAGCUCCCAGGUGUCUUUGCUGCUCCGACCCUGCCACCAGGGGAGCAAGCAAUAUUUACUCCUGUUCAAAGCUCUGCCCCAGAGACAGACCCCACAAAGCCUAAUGAGGACGCUGUGAAGCUAAAAUGGUUCACGCAUAUGGAGCACCGACCCGACCGAGACUAUUUGGCAGCACAACCAGGUUUUCCAGGAGUGACGAGUGCAAACGAGAUGUAUCGGGCAGGCCUGUCACAUAAGCUUCGUCCCCGUAUGGAAGAUGAGGCACUCCCAACGUCUGACCAGCUCAAUCUCUUUGCGAAACUCUACUUUCAUCGGUUUCAUCCUUUACUGCCAGUGAUUCAUGCUGCCUCAUUCAGACCAACUGCAGAGAAUGCAUUGUUAUUCUUGUCAAUAUGCUCCGUCGGGAGCCUGUUCGUUGGCUCGUCACGCGCAGUGAUGCAAGGAUCGCGAAUAUUCGAACGGCUCAACAAGGCAAUUUUAGCUUCAUGGGAAUCUUUUUUGUCCCAAAGCCGCCCAGACGCCUUGUCCAUGGUUCAAGCUGCUAUCCUGGGACAGACGUAUGCCAUCCUCUCGGGGAAUCCUAAAUAUCUCAUCUUGGCAGAUGUACUGCAUGGCACUGUGGCAGCAUGGGCUCGGGAGGCAAAUAGACUUGGUUCUAUCUGUCAACGGUCUCGGGAUCUUACCGACGACACUGAUCUCGAGGAAAAUUGGCAUCAAUGGAUUGACAGUGAGCAACGAGCAAGAGCGCAGGUGGCCCUGAACAUCCAUGAUGCUGAGCUUGCAGCUCUACUACACCACCAGCCGAUUCGCAACCAUCGAUUCCGCCAGCACCCACGUUUAGCGCCCGAUUCUCUGUUUGCUGCGCCCACAGCCUCGAAAUGGGCUACACUAGACCGCAAUUUUCUUCAAACACAAGGUGAAGAUCCAAUUUAUCCCAGACCCUCUCGCUCGCCAUACACUUUCCCAGAUAGAGAUCGGGCAUCUCACUUCACGGCAUAUGGCCUCCUGGAGAGUAUAAACGCCCGCCUUGUCGACGCCAAACAAUCCCAUGAAUUUGACCACAUCGUCUGUCAAGAUAUAUCCAACCUUUUGAUCGACUGGUGGAAAACGUACCACACGCCCAACCAAGAGCCCUUCUGUCUCCCAGUCCUCUGGCACUCCAUUUUCAUUGCUCUAUACGCCGACCUAGAUCUUCUCGAGCAAGCCAUUGGUCGGGACGGCGACACACUUACUCUCGAAGCCUUAGCCCCUGUCCACAAAUGGGCUUCUUCCCUUAACGCAAGUCGAUGCCUUGUACAUGCCUGUCUGAUCGCCCAGUAUCUAGAGCGGAUGAGUCUCUCUGUCGAGCCAGCCAUCCAUGUCCCUCGCGCUUUAUUCUCAGCUUCUUUGACGUAUCUAUGUGUGGCACGGUAUGCGCCCAAACAUGUUAUUAGCGCCGAAGCAUUUGUGUCGCCGGAGAUCAAGCUUUUAGGUGAAGAAGCUAGGCAGGGCGUAUGUUCCUCUGAGAAUUCUCAGCGUGGUGGUGGAUCAGUGGUUGCGGACUUGGAUCAUUUGUAUCGAUUGAUUGAUUUGUUGCAGCGCGGUGGGAGAUGGGGUAUAUCGCAGGCUUUUGCGAGUGUGUUGUCUGCAGCUUUGGAGGAGGGGAGAGGUAUUAGUGCUUCUAUGUAG